AUGGCUUUAAUCUCUGAAACUUCCGAUGACGUUUCUAACGGCAGCGAUCCAAACAAGGAUCCCGAAGAUCUCCACAAGAAACCGCAAGAAGAAGAAGAGAAUCAAAACGAGAAACCGAAAGAAGAAGAACAAGUAGAGAAUCUUGCUCCGAUUCGUCGACGAGACAUCCCAGUGAUACUCAUAGAAAGAACCGUCACACUCAUCCGGAGAUGUCAUUACCCGAGGCUAUCUCUAAUCUCCAAAGCCUUCCGUCACGUAAUCUCUUCAGAGCAUCUCUUCGUAACGCGCUCGAGCCUCGGCUUGACUGAACCGGUUCUUUAUACCUUGAUCUCGUUCCCACCUUUUGAGGCCCCAAGCUGGUUCAUUCUCCAUCGGAGCAACAUGUCUUUACGGUUGAGCAGAAUCAGUUCACUUCCUCCGAUGUUUCCUGGAUACACUGCCGUCACAAUCGGACACAAGAUUUACGUUAUGGGUGGACGCGUCGGUUUAAAUCAACCCGUAAAUACUGUCAUCGUCAUCGACUGUAGAUUCCAUAAGUGGAAAUAUAUCCAGAGUAUGAAAAGGGAACGUUGCUACGCAGCCUCCGGAGUCAUUGACGGAAUUAUUUACGUGGUGAAGGGGAUUUGGGAAACUUUGCCUGGUCCAUUCUCUUCCGUUGCUAGUUCGAGCGGAUUUUUUCCUAUACAUGUGGUUUUGGAUAAUAAGAUCUACAUGUUGGAUGGUCAGCAUUGUUUGGCUUACGAUCCCAGACUACGUAGAUGGCAGAAUUGGGGACCUGAAAGUCCACAGAGGCAUUAUUGGUACGCGUGCUCUUGUGUGGUUGAUGAUCUGUUGUAUGCCAUUGUUCCUCAGUGGUGUCUUGCUGGGUCUCUCAUUGUCGUGUAUGAUCCAAGGGAUAUGGUUUGGAGACCUGUCAAGGGUGUAGAUGAUUUUCCUAGUCCCGGUUAUCUUGAGUCUAGAAUGGCAAGCUUUGGUGGGAAGUUGGUGAUAUUGGGAUGGCAUCAAACCAAGAAUAGUUGUGCUCGUGACUCGGAAAAAAUCGUUAUGUGUGUAGAGGUUGCGUUGGGGAGACGUGAAGAUGGGGAUAUAUGGGGGAAGGUCGAAUCAACCUCACCUGUGCAUUCAUCAUUCAGCUGGCCUAUCAUUGAUAUUUCUCGAACUGUUACGGUUUGA